AUGACGGAUGCCAACGGCCCACAUGUAGACGAGACUCAAGCCCUCCUCGAAGACCAUGUCGACGGCGACAUCGAUAGCGGCCAUCCCCACGACUCCACGGAAUCGGGACCCUGGCACCAACGUUCAUUCAGCUUUCAAAACGCAGCGAAGGUCGCUGUGCUCCAGCUCUUUGGCAUCUAUGUGUUGUUGGUAUUUGUGCCGCUUGGCCUGGUCGCUGGACCUUGCAAAUGGAACUCGAUUUUGGUUUCAAUCUUCAAUUUCUUGGCCAUUAUCCCGCUUUCGGCGGUAGUGUCUGACUCCUCAGAUAAAUUAGCAGAUGAAUUCGGAGACUUAUUUGGAGCAUUGAUCAACGCAACCUUAGGGAAUGCCGCAGAGUUGAUUGUUGGCGUUCUCGCUGUCAUACACAACGACCCAAAAUUUGCACAGUCAAUGAUGCUAGGAAGCAUUUUAUCAGACAUUCUUUUUGUCCUUGGCUGCUGCUUUUUCUCUGCUGCCUGGCGACGACCUAUCCUCAAGCUCAAUACUGCUGUCACUGAUACUUUGUCUUCGCUGAUGCUCAUCACAGCCGUGGCUCUUAUACUCCCAACCGCGUUGUACUCUACGUUCGAAUCAGCUAAACCGGCCGGGCUGGAUGACCAGAUAUUAGCCUUCUCUCGUGGCACGGCCAUGGUUUUACUAGUUCUCUAUUUUGCGUACCUCUAUUUCGAGCUUGUCAGCCAUAAGCACCUGUUCGACCCACAACAACCCAACGGAAGAGCGUCAGCUGAUUAUACGAACAUAAUUGGAGUGCCCACCGAGCCGGAAAUUCGCCGGUUAAUGCGACAGGAUACCGAGCGAGACAUGGAGCAUGAAAUCGAACUAUCGGACCAAGUACACGAAGAACCUAUCAGCGCGUCAACACCCGGCAGCGUCUUUACAGCUGCUGCUACUCUCGUUUGCUCCGGAGGAGCCAUCAUGGCUUGUGCACACCUGCUCCUCGACAGCGUCAAUGAUACCUCAAAAGCCACCGGUAUCAGCAGAACGUUUAUUGCUACCAUUCUCCUCCCGAUCGCAAGUAACGCUCCUGAAUGCGCAACUGUUGUGACAACAUCUAGUAGUGGCCGAAUCGACUUUGCUGUUGGAGUCAUCGUCGGCAGCAUCUUACAAAUCGCAUUGUUUGUCACGCCUAUUCUGGUUGCUCUCGGCUGGGUCAUACACCAAGACAUGAACCUUUAUUUCGAGACCUUCCAGACCGUUACGCUUUUCUUCUCAGUCUUGUUGGUCAACCAUCUGCUUCAGGAUAAGAAAUACACGUACAUGCAUGGUGCCGUCUUGGUAGGGCUAUAUGCUGCAAUCGCUCUUUCAUUCUUUUUACGUGACGAUAUAUAG